AUGAAAGUCACAAUUAAAAGUUGGACUGGUGUCGCUACUUGGCGUUGGGUGGCAAACGACGACAACUGUGGUAUUUGUCGUAUGCCUUUUGAUAGUUGUUGUCCAGACUGCAAGUUGCCCGGCGACGAUUGCCCUCUCGUGUGGGGUGCCUGUUCGCAUUGCUUCCAUAUCCAUUGCAUUGUCAAGUGGCUCCAUUCUCAACCUCAACAGCAGUGUCCUAUGUGCAGACAAGACUGGAAGUUCAAUAACAAAUAAUAAGAGACCAAUAGUAAGUACCUAUUCACAAUACAGAUUUACGCAUGCUAACUCCUUAUUACAAUAGUGUAGUACAUCAAAAAGAGAAGAUAAAAUAUCACCAUCAUAUCACAACCAAAAUUAUAUUUAAAAUAUGUUUCUUAAAUUAUUUUUUCUCAUUUCCUUGUAUUACAACAAAUUACUACUAAAUAUGGACAUACAAUUAAAAAUAAACAAGUGAGCCAAUAUUUUAUAAUAUAAGAAGUUUAGUUAAGAGUAUUCAGACCUACAUAUAAAUCAAAUAUGUAAGAAAUGUUAGUUACAUUUAAUUUUUUGAUAAAAGUUAUAGAUGCUUUGGUUAUUCUUAAUUCUUCAAUUAUUAAUUGUAUAUUAUUUUGACAUGAAUCAUUUGUACUGCUUGUUAUUGUAGAGGCUAGGGCACUUUGAUUUACAUUGUCAUCUAACAUUGUCUAAAAGUAGGCUUCAUUUUAAAGAAGAAAGUUUUAUUCAUUUUCACUUUUUAUACUCAAAGUAAGGUUUGCUUCCACAACAUGCUAGAUAAAAUCUGAGAUAAACAA